AUGCCUGCAGAUCCAGCCGCCGCGCCUGGGCUGCAUGCGGCACAUGCACCAUCGAUUUCAUCAACGGGAACCUCCAUCUCUGUUGCAACAUCAGACGAGGUCGCCGUUAUUCGGCGCAUAGAAAAGGGAGAGUAUGUUGACGGGCAAGAGGUUGACGAUGAUACCCGCAGUUUGACCUCGAGUAUCCGACAACACAUUGUUGAUGGGGGCCUGCGAUAUCACGCAUAUCACGCAGGGCAGUACGCCUUUCCCAAUGACGAGAACGAACAGCACAGAGACAAUCUGAAGCACCUCUUGACAUUGCACCUGUGCGAAGGAAAGUACUUUUUCGCUCCGAUACAUGAGCUUCUUCAGAAAGGCGGCUAUGUCCUCGAUCUGGGCACGGGAACUGGCGCGUGGUGCGUGGAAAUGGGGGACCUGUAUCCAAACGCCACCUUUGACGGCAUGGACUUGUCGCCAAUACAACCUGAUUGGGUUCCUGAAAAUGUUUCGUUCAUGGUUGACGAUAUCGAGCACGAGGCAGGGUGGACAUAUGAGGAGAAUGAGCUUGAUUACAUUCACGUUCGACACUUGAUACAUUCUAUCAAGGAUCGAGAAGAGAUGUGGAGGCGAAUCUACAGCCAUCUCAAACCAGGUGGAUAUGUUGAAGUGCAGGAAUUCGACUACGCCGCCGCUUGCGACGACCACUCCUGUGAUGGCCCGUACGCAUGGCGGGACUUUCUGAGAUACCUUACCUCUGGGCUAGAGGCUCUUGGGUCGGAUCUGCACAGCAUACACCAUGUCGAAAACGAGCUCCUUCAAGCUGGGUUCGAGGAGCUCCACUACCAGGACUUGAAAUGUCCCCUAGGACCGUGGGCUAAAUUGUUACGCCUACAAGAGUGUGGGCAUCUUCUACGAGACAUUGUCAUGUGUGGACUGGAAGGCCUUACUCGACGACCAUUUCGAGAUGGUUUAAGGUGGACACCCUUACAAAUAGAAAUGUUUCUAAUCGAUGUACGGAAGGAUGUGACUCGGGUUGAGAAUGGCAUCCCGCCAUUCCACAGCUAUUUUCCCUUUAGGAGCAUUUAUGCCCGGAAACCUUUGGUAGUUUGA